UUUUUUUGGAAUAGUAAUUAAGGGUCAAAAGAUUAAGAUUUAGAAUACAUAAUUUUGGAUUUAGAAAAAUGAAGUUUUACAUGAUAAAAUAUUAAGUUAAAAUAUUUAUCUAUAUGAUUAAAUGUAUUAUUCAUUAAGAAUAAUUUAGUUUUUUUAAAUUUUUAAAUAAAAUUUCUACUCUUAGUUUUUGACUAGAGUUGGGCCUAUGAACGAAUUCGAGUUUAGAAACUGUCCUUUACGGGCUUUUUUGAUGGAUUAUGGAUUAUGUCUUGACUAAAAGAUAUUUAUAAGAAAUUAAAAACGAAAAUUCAAGAGUUUUCGCUCUACUUUCUUCGUAUUUCUCUCUCUCUCGCGCGUAAAUAUAAAUACAAAUGAAAAUCCUUUUCUUCUUCUUCUUCUGAAAAAAAAUCAAGACUUCUUCUUUCUUCUCUGGUGUAACAUACUCGGAUCCUCACAACUCAUCUUUCGAAGAUGACGAUCCCUCCUACAAAUGAAAACGCUUCUCGUCUCCCCCAUGAAGAGCAACGCAUCGUCUCGGAGCUGGCUACCAACUCUAACGAACCAGACUCCUUCUUCGCCGUCUCCAAAAUGUCUUCCUUACUUCCAAAUCUUGAUUCCCGCUUAGAAACAACAACACUCUUGUUUGACUCAACGUUGUGCAUUUGCAGGUGGUACGCAAGCUGGCGGAGGUACGUUAAUACGCCUCUGGGAGGAGGAGCUCCGAGGCCUGGACCGAUCGAUAACAGUGACAUCAUCGAAACCGAUCCAUAUCUUGGUAGACCAUCGCUGGCUAAAGAGAAAGCUUACGUUCUUGUUACUCAACUAGUUUGGAAUACUCUUCUUGAAUGGUAUAGCGGAGGUCCUCCAAUACCAAGAACCUUCAUCUACCUUUACCUGUCAGAUUCAAGAGAUAACGAUGGUGAUGAUCAUAAUGAAGUUAGUGAUAUACGGUUGCCAAAAGAGGCCUCUAUAAGGGAGCUUUAUGAUAUGGUUUGUGCUAAGACAGUAGUCUCUCUAGAAAAGGCUCACAUCAGGGAUUACUACGAUAUGAGGAAAGGCCAAUUCUUGGAUCCUUUAUCUAACAAGAGCCUUGAAGAGUCUGGUCUUGUCACAAACCAAGAUAUUCUUCUUGAAGUUGAUGAGCGAGGUCUAGCAGGACUGGUUAAUCUGGGAAACACCUGCUAUAUGAACAGCGCUGUUCAGUGUUUGGCGCACACGCCUCCCAUAGCUGAAUACUUCUUGCGAAAUUACACUCAUCAGGGCGAGCUUGCUAAGGCGUUUGGUAAGCUGUUGACGGAGUUAUGGUCUUCAGGGACUAAUUAUGUUGUGCCGAGCGUUUUCAAGACGAAAGUGGAUAAAGCUGCUCCACAGUUUACUGGUCACUAUCAACACGAUUCUCAUGAACUGCUUCUUGCCUUGUUAACUGGACUGCAUCAAGAGUCUGACAUAGUCAACGUCUUCCAAGGUCAAUGCAAGUCAAGUCUGGUUUGUCCAGUUUGUGGGGAAACAGCAAACACCUAUGAACCCUUCACGUCCUUGUCUUUACCAUUGCCUUCAACACCUACUUGGUCAAUCUCUCUGCUUUCUUGUUUGGAUGAAUAUUUAGCACAAGAGCCUCUAGGACCGGAUAACAUGUGGCUUUGUCCGCAAUGCAAAGAGCAGAGGCAAGCAAACAAGAAGCUUGACCUGUGGAAGCUGCCGGAGAUUCUCGUGUUCCAGUUAAAACGGUUCAAGACUAGCAAAUACUUCGUGAAGAAGAUAGAUACCUUUGUGGAUUUCCCAGUUGACGAGCUAGACUUGAGCAAGUACGUGGACAAAGGCGAGUCAUGCUUGUAUGAGCUGUAUGCAGUGUGCAACCAUGACGGUGGGAUUGGUCUUGGCCACUACACUGCCUACGCUAAGAUGAUUGAUGAUGACAACGAGUGGUACUGUUAUGAUGACAGUCUUGUUUCACCCGUACACGAAUCCGAGAUCGUAAGCUCAGCGGCCUAUCUUCUUUUCUACCGAAAAAGAGUUGGAAGUGAUAUGGAUUUGUCAUAAUCAUGGGGUUGCUGCAUUUGAUUUAGAGAUGCAUUGGUCU